AUGAGCAAAGCCUCCUUCAGGAGUCACAGAGGGGACAGCGUCGCUCACAGAGCUGCAGCUGCGACGCGACCAGCAGAAAGUGAAAGUAACCUGCACGCAGGGGGCGUGGCUUUGCAGGCAGCGUCUGGCCUGGAGAUAACAGCUGGUAGACGUCCGUCUCGAUCCGGUCGUCUCCUCUCCCCGGAGAAAGACUCCCCUCGCUCACAUGUCUCCAGUAUCUCCAGUGUCACCGGUGUCUCUGGUAUCUCUAGUGUCUCUAGUGUCUCCAGUGUCUCCGGUGUCUCCGGUGUCUCUGGUAUCUCUAGUGUCUCCAGUGUCUCCGGUGUCUCUGGUAUCUCUGGUAUCUCUAGUGUUUCUAGUUUCUCCAGUGUCUCCGGUGUCUCCGGUGUCUCCGGUGUCUCUGGUAUCUCUAGUAUCUCCAGUAUCUCCGGUGUCUCCGGUAUCUCCAGUAUCUCCGGUGUCUCCGGUAUCUCUAGUGUCUCCAGUGUCUCCGGUGUCUCUAGUAUCUCCAGUAUCUCCGGUGUCUCCGGUAUCUCUAGUGUCUCCAGUGUAUCCGGUGUCUCCAGUAUCUCCAGUAUCUCCGGUGUCUCCGGUAUCUCUAGUGUCUCCAGUGUCUCCAGUAUCUCCGGUGUCUCCGGUGUCUCAGGUGUCUCAGGUAUCUCUGGUGCCUCAGGUAUCUCAGGUAUCUCCGGUAUCUCUGGUGUCUCCAGUGUCUCCGGUAUCUCUGGUGUCUCAGGUGUCUCAGGUGUCUCAGGUAUCUCCGGUAUCUCUGGUGUCUCCAGUGUCUCCGGUGUCUCCGGUAUCUCUAGUGUCUCCAGUGUCUCCGGUGUCUCUAGUGUCUCCGGUGUCUCCAGUAUCUCCAGUAUCUCCGGUGUCUCCGGUAUCUCUAGUGUCUCCAGUGUCUCCAGUAUCUCCGGUGUCUCCGGUGUCUCAGGUGUCUCAGGUAUCUCUGGUGCCUCAGGUAUCUCAGGUAUCUCCGGUAUCUCUGGUGUCUCCAGUGUCUCCGGUAUCUCUGGUGUCUCAGGUGUCUCAGGUGUCUCAGGUAUCUCCGGUAUCUCUGGUGUCUCCAGUGUCUCCGGUGUCUCCGGUAUCUCUAGUGUCUCCAGUGUCUCCGGUGUCUCUAGUGUCUCCGGUGUCUCCAGUAUCUCCAGUAUCUCCGGUGUCUCCGGUAUCUCUAGUGUCUCCAGUGUCUCCAGUAUCUCCGGUGUCUCCGGUGUCUCAGGUGUCUCAGGUAUCUCUGGUGCCUCAGGUAUCUCAGGUAUCUCAGGUAUCUCCGGUAUCUCUAGUGUCUCCAGUGUCUCCGGUGUCUCUAGUGUCUCCGGUGUCUCCAGUAUCUCCAGUAUCUCCGGUGUCUCCGGUAUCUCUAGUGUCUCCAGUGUCUCCAGUAUCUCCGGUGUCUCCGGUGUCUCAGGUGUCUCCGGUAUCUCUGGUGUCUCAGGUGUCUCAGGUGUCUCAGGUAUCUCCGGUAUCUCUGGUGUCUCCAGUGUCUCCGGUGUCUCCGGUAUCUCUAGUGUCUCCAGUGUCUCCGGUGUCUCUAGUGUCUCCGGUGUCUCCAGUAUCUCCAGUAUCUCCGGUGUCUCCGGUAUCUCUAGUGUCUCCAGUGUCUCCAGUAUCUCCGGUGUCUCCGGUGUCUCAGGUGUCUCAGGUAUCUCUGGUGCCUCAGGUAUCUCAGGUAUCUCCGGUAUCUCUGGUGUCUCCAGUGUCUCCGGUAUCUCUGGUGUCUCAGGUAUCUCCGGUAUCUCUGGUGUCUCCAGUGUCUCCGGUAUCUCUAGUGUCUCCGGUGUCUCCGGUAUCUCUAGUGUCUCCGGUGUCUCAGGUGUCUCAGGUAUCUCAGGUAUCUCUGGUGUCUCCGGUAUUUCCGGUAUCUCCGGUGUCUCCGGUGUCUCAGGUGUCUCAGGUAUCUCCGGUAUCUCUGGUGUCUCCAGUGUCUCCGGUAUCUCCGGUGUCUCCGGUAUCUCUAGUGUUUCAGGUGUCUCAGGUAUCUCCGGUAUCUCUGGUGUCUCCAGUGUCUCCGGUAUUUCCGAUAUCUCAAACAUUAUUGGUCAGGUUUUAAGCGAGGAAGGACUCCACCAAAGAAGAAGAAGCGGAGCAGGGGGCAUCAUUAGACUGGAAUCUGUACACAACACGGUGCUAUAAAACUAUAAACUAUAAUAAUAAGUACAGUCCAUGAUAGC